AUGCCUCGUCGGAUCCCGAGAAGCUCAGGCGCUGACCCCGCCACACUCUCGACAUCUCGUACUGAGGUGUUCGCCGAUAGAUCGGGCCACGACCGUGAGCUCAAUCUGGUUGACGACUUGUCCGUUUCGGACGGCUCCGAGCGAGUGAGAUUUGUGUUUGCGGCAAUGGAAGCCCGCUGGACCCUGCGUCGGUCUCAGAUCCAUCCAACGCGAGCGGAAAGAGAGAUGUCACGUGAACGUGAACGUGUCUCGGUCUAA